AUGAAAUAAAAUAGAGUUUCGAUAUUGACCAAAUAAAAUAUAAGAUAUGAAGGAUCUGUUUAUGCUAUAGAUAAAAUUAGAAAAACAGUAUUCCUUAAAGAAGUGAAGUGCUUUGGAACUGAGAAUAGAGAAGCUGCAAUUUUCAUCCCUCCAUCAACUAAAAUUACUCAAAUGGCAGAGUUUAACAAUGAAUAGAUUUUAGAGAUUAAAAAAUUAGUAUUCCUUUUAGUUUAUUUUUAGAGCAACAAUGAAUUUCCUGAACAUUUACCAAAUAAUCUCCAUGAAUAAGUUCCAAGUUCUCAAAAGGAGAAAUUAGUAUCACAAAUACUAAACCAAAGUUGUACCUAUGAAAUGACCAGGUCACCUUUGCCUAUGAUAAACAAUAAAAAUAAAAGACAUUAAAUGUCCUAAAGUCCAGAUCAUAAGAAACUAGAUUAAAAACCUUUUUAUAUUACAAAUAAUUAUUUACAAAUGAAGAAAAUGGAAUAAUACAAAAAAAUGCUUAUGUUUAGAUAACACAGAUGA